AUGUCAUCUAUGCCGCUCCAGCGCCAGCUGCAGCAGCUGCGCCAUGCCGCCUGGGAGGACGACCUCAGCGUCAUCAAGGACCUUCUGCAGUCCAUCGAAGACGAGGGGAGCGCCUCCGACAGCAGCGAGGCGUCCUCGGUGACCGAUGGCGGAUGCACCCCCUUUCCCGAGACCGCGCAGCUCGGCUCGACCUCGGCGGAUUUCGGCUUCGGCCCGCUGCACUGCGCUGCCUCGAUGGGCAACGUCGAGAUGCUCACCAGCAUCCUCGAGGCCAAUGUGUGCGACGUCGAUGAGCUCGACAAGGACGGCAACACCGCCCUCAUGUGGGCCAUCUCCUACGCCUGCACCUCGGCCCCGCCCCCCUCGGGCGGCGCGCCCACCCCCUCUUCGUCCUACGUCGAACCCGACUGCUACGUCGGUGGCGACUGCGCCAAGAAGCGCCGCGAGCUCGAGCUGGUCGAGGCCCUCAUCGACCACGGGGCCAACGUCAACAAGGCCAACUUCGAGGGCGAGACCCCCAUCUUCGCCGCCGUCAAGCUGGGCUGCGCCGAGAAGGUGGCCUUCCUCCUCGAGAACGGCGCCGACCCCAACGUGAAGGACAUCAACGGCGCCACGUGCCUGCACCACGCCGCCGCGCUCGGCAUGGACGCCAUCGUCGCCAUCCUCCUCCGCAACGGCGCCUUCUUCAACGAGCGCGACGAGUGGGACGAGUGCGCCCUCCACUGGGCCGUGCGCGAGGGCGGCGACCGCGCCAUGCGCAUCGUGCGCCUCCUGGCCGAGCACGGCGCGGUGCUCGACAUCUACAACGACGACGACGAGACCCCGCUCGACCUGGCCAUGGAGAUCGGCGACGACCGCAUGGUCCAGCUCCUCCUCUCGCUCGGCGCCCUCGGCAGCGGCUUCGACUCCAUGACCAUCGCCGACGACUACGACGACGACCACGUCGCGUGCUUUGGCAACGCCCACCACCACCAGCCGCAGCCCCACGCCGCGGCCACGCUCGCCGCACUCGCCGCCACCCCGCUCGGCUCGUUCGAGGAGGAGCAGGACAAGCCGGCGCCGGGCCUGCUGGCGUGGACCGACGAGGCCAGCCAGGUCAUGAGGGCCUGCGAGCAGAGCCUCACUCACCUCGUGGCCUGA